UGAAGUUAUAACCGACCAAACCAAACCAACUUGGAUUAUUUUUGUUUUUAGUAACUGUUUAUAUGUUCGUUAUAUACUCCCUCCACCCUCUAUUCUAUUUUGUUAGUUCAUUAUUUCAUUUUGGAAUGUCCCGAAAAGGAGUCUAUUUUGAAAAUUUGAAGGAAAAAGUGUUUAGAUUUCCAAAACUGACCCUCAUAAAUGUUUGAAGGUAAUUUUAAAAGUGACGAUUUAAAGGACAAUAAUGAGAAUUAAAACAACUUUCUAAGGACAUGUCUCCUAAAAAAUUAGAAAUUCUCUUAAAAAGUUGAAAAUUUCAAAAGAGACUAAUAAAAUGGGACGGGGAGUAUAUAUGUAAAGUGAUUUGGCCAAAAAUUGGCAAAAAUGUAAAAUAUGUAAACGUAAUCCAAAUUUAAUAAGUAAAGCCAAGCCUAACUCGCAACUCUCUCAACUUAACAAAAAGUGCAUUACAAAAUCCGAUCAUAUCUUUUCCCCCAAGGAACCUUCCUCCUCCCUUCUACUCUCUCUCUCUCUCUCUCUCAUGGAUUCUAACAAUUCACUAACGCACUCUGUAUCGACAAACCACCACUACGCUAACAACGGAAAACUACUGCUGAUAAUUUCACUACUCGCUCUUGUUGCAAUCUGCAUCCUCACAGCCUUAUUCCACUCCUACGCCGGUUGGGCUCGCCACCGCCGCGACUCUCGGUCCCACCGCGGCCCACGGCCCGACUCCCUCGCCUUCAACUCUGGGCCCACCGUAAGUACACCUGCCAAGGAAGGGCUGGAACGGUCCGUCCUCGACUCCAUCCCCACGUUCUCAUACGACGCCGCAUCGCAAGACACUCCGGUAGAAUGCGCCGUGUGCCUAUCCGAGUUCGUGGACAAGGAGUUAGGUCGGGUCCUACCCAAUUGCAACCACGGCUUUCACAUAGGUUGCAUUGACAUGUGGUUAUAUUCUCGCUCUAACUGCCCACUCUGCAGAGCCCCGGUUACGCCUGUCAAAAACCCGGUUGGCGAUGUCACUUCGGUGGGCGAAACGUCCGGUUCGGAUUAUGGUUUGUCAUCUUCUUCUUCUUCUUUGCUAAGGAAGCCACCGGAGUUGGCUGGGAUAAUCGUCGAGGUUCCGACGAUAAACCUGGCCGGAUUGAGAAGAUUCGAGUAGAAGGACAUGA